AUGUACUUGGAUGCCGCGUGCCAGAGCCCUAUUAUGACGCUUGGCUGGGCUGACUCCGACCACCUCUCGCAAGCGAAGGUAGCACAAUAUAAGCAGAUGGGCAGCUUUCAAUGCGCGGUCGCGAUUAGUGUCGCGCCAGGGCCUGAAAGAAGCUUCGAUCGCCGCGAGCAUGAUGGCCAGGGCUUACGUCUUGCUCGGCAGAAUUGGCCACUUCCCACGCCCAAUCCUCUGUAUGCAGAAAGCAAUGACCCGCCAACAUCUGAUGAGAAGAUCAAGCGCCAAGUUGAUUCGACCAUCGCAGCACAGGAGACUGUCGCCACUGGACCUAAUUUCAUGCCCUGGGUGGUGGAUAUCCCUCCUUGGGACAUUAGCCAUGACUCUGUUUCGCAGUCGGACGAUGAAGAAACUCUGGCAACUCUCACCGAUGAGGACCCGCCAGCCUUCUGGCCUCCACAGUCUGCCGAGCUGAGACCGCAAGACGCCAUAAAGACACGAGACGCGAAUAAAUGCCCAUACAAAGCUACAACUCGCGCUCACGGCACUCAGUGCUUUGACAAGCUCCCGAAGCAGUUUCCAGCAGACACUAUCAAGCUGUGUGUAAACUUCGGCCCGUCAUGGCACUGUUCCUCGGAUCCGAAGAAUUGGCUUGAUCUGCCGUACGAACGUGAUCAGCUCCACAAUGGAGUCGGAGAUGCACGAAAGUCGGGAUGGUGUUCCCACGGAAUUACAACCCGAGACCAGAAACCGGUGGGCGAUGCUGAUCCCCAGCCUUUCGGUUGGUAUGCAGCCAAUGUCGCAGGCGUCGGAUCUGUUGAGACACGAGCUGAGGGUAGUGUCAUGCAAGACGGUCCAGAUGCUGAUUCAACGUGGCAACCCGAUGAUGACGACGUCGGACCCAUGGACUCCAAUGGCGAUCCCAAUACUCACCCCGAACCGCUACUUGGUGAUGAUGAUCUUGGACUCAUCGAUAUCAAGCGGGAUGAUCCGUACGGCAAUUCUACCUUACAACCCCUGCACGACUCACCCCACUCCGCAAUGACUGCCGAUGACCCUACUAUCACUCCCAGAUCAACCAUGGCCGAGUCAGGUACCUCGUACGACUACAACACAGUGCCAGUGAGCAUCCGCGGACCUCGCUGGAGCGAAUACUCCAUGGGCAUAUCGAUGGGCAGGAUUUCAUCAACCAUGCCACCACCCGUGGAGGGCCCAGUAUGGAGAUCGUACUCGGCCUAUACCGCUUCCUUGGCCUCAGCAUCAGAAGCAGCGAAGGCCACACCACGAGGAGUCUCGCCAGCAACAACAGCCGAAGACCUCUACGACCCACCGACAGACGACGUUGAGACCGCAUACAAUGCCUCAAGCGAUGCCACAACUAUGUUAAACAGCCCUGACCCACUGACGCCAAGAAAGCCACCAAUCUGGACUGGACCCAAACAAGUCUGUACACCGACAGGUGGUGGUCAGAUAUGCACCCCAGUUGGCCCGCUCGUCCCACCUGCGCUCUCCGAGAAUCAGAAACACCCGGCGGCCACGACUAGGGCUCGACGCAAAGCGGUGCCUCCUGGGGUCAUCCCUAUGUGGCCACCAACUACCCCAACUCUGGUAUCUAAGCGGAGGACUGACAAGGAAAUGCCGCUUGUGCCGGUGCCUUUCAUCGUCUGA